UUUUCUAAAGCCCAAUUAACCCUUUUCUCUUCUGCAGAACCGCAUGCACGAGUCUCUGAAGCUCUUUGAUUCCAUCUGCAACAACAAGUGGUUUAACGAAACCUCCAUCAUCCUCUUCCUCAACAAGAAGGAUCUCUUCGAAAGCAAGAUCUGCAAGUCACCACUGUCCAUCUGCUUCCCCGAGUACUCUGGUCCAGACACUUACUUGGAGGGAAUAGACUACAUCAAGUGUCAGUACGAGAGCAAGAACAAGUCGCCCAGCAAAGAGGUGUAUGCCCAUGUGACCUGCGCUACAGACACCAACAACAUCCAGUUUGUCUUUGAUGCUGUCACUGAUGUCAUAAUAGCUAAUAACCUUCGGGGGUGUGGCUUGUACUGAUAAUUCAGGAAAAUGUCAGCCAAUUGAUACAGGAUGCUUGUUUACCAGUUUGUACCACAUAGGAUGGACCUUAUUUGUCAUUUCACGAUAUGAUAGGUAGUGCUUUCCCAAAAGGCUGGCUAUUGGUCCAACUUGACUCUUAAACAAUGAAUUAGUUGAUUAAGACUUCUUUAAAUGUAUUUGCCUUUUUUACCUAGAAAGGAACCAACUGCAGUAACUGUGCAGAACUCCUUCAGUCAUUUCUACAGGGAUACACCGUUCCCAUCUGAGACUUGCUUGUACAUACAGUAGUGCCUUACUCAAAGAACUAGAUUGAUUGCUAGUUAACUGCAGCCAACAUUACAGGUUAACUAGCAGUGCAACCAGCUGUUAUCAUGAGAAUCACUCCUCUACCACAAUGUAUUCUCCAUACAUUUUCAUUUAAACGCCUUUGCAUGGGACUUGUGCCUUAGUCACAUGGAGGGCAGAUGUAAAACUGUACUUAAUCAGGUCAAGUUGAAUUAAAACUCAGUUUAUGUUUGAAAGAUGCUCUUAGGAUUAUUAUUGAAUGCGAUAUUUAACUCUGGACACGGUUAUGUCCAGCUUACAAAGAAGAAAUUCAAAGCAAGAAAAACUGAAUUUCUGUAGGUGUUGUGCAAAGUAGCUUGUGUGUGAGCCUGCUGCAUUAUUUGGCAUGGAUUGUGUUAUUUGUUUUCUUUUGUUAUUGGGAUGAGAUGCACGUUGUCUGACUGCAUUUGUUGAACUUAGCUGUGCCCUGUAAACCACGGAGCUCCAAAAUAAUCAUCAAAGUACUCAAAAAGAUAGAACAGCAUACAUUGUAGAAUUGUUAAAUGAAGUCAAACUUAAUUAAUUAUGUCAGGUGAAUAUGAAAUUCACAAUUAAACAUGUUUUUUUUUUAUAUUAUAGCCUUUGCUGAGCCUGCUAACAGGCUUGGACUGUCACUGAAAGACAAAUACAGUUUCCAAAUAGAGAAAUGUCCAAAAUAAGAAUGAUAAUAACACAUUAUAAUAACUUUAGUUAAAGGUGGGGUGGGUCAUUUUGGAGAA